AUGGCCUCCAGAGUCUCCCAGAUCCGCCCUGGAGGUCCUCCUCCUCAACUCCCACCCCUCAUUCCUGUCCUGCACCCAACCUCCAGGGCACCCACCACCCCCUAUCUGGUGUGUGAGAUCAAUGGGAGGGUCCCAUUGUUCGUGCGCGGGGGUGCUUUCACUGAAUGCUUGAGCUUGGAUGUGAUGGACGGGAUGUGGACGGGAACGGGCCACUGCGAGUUCUCUUUGGGCUCAAAAAUCAGUCGUAUCCUCUUUGAAAGACAUCUCUUAGAUAAAGCAGACCGGUACGCUUAUGGAAACAGUGACGACCUGGACUGGGAUCCAAAGACAAAAGACAUUGCAGAUGCAUCUGAACACACAUUCUCAUCUAGAAAAGAGAAAGACCCGUCCUGUAAGGCAGUUCUUCUGGCUGUCCUUAGUGUCUCUCUGCUGGUGGCUCUGCUGGCUCUGUGUGUACUGGGAAUUCUCUACAGCCCAUUUGAAAGGAUAAAGUACUACUAUUUCUCUUCAGAAAAACUGAGCUGGAUGGAAAGUCGAGAUUACUGUACGAAAACUGGAGGUCAGCUGGUCACAAUAAUAGGCAAAGAUGAUCAGUAUAAUUUGGCCUCAAUAAAGCUGAAAGAGGCACAUUGGAUUGGACUACAUGAUUUGUACACUGAAGGACACUGGAUGUGGGUGGACAGCACAACUCUCUCAGGAGAAAUAAUAUUGUCACCAUCACACUAUGAGAAACUGCAUGAGGCCCUGGAUGACAUGGAGGAGCACGACAUUAUCAGAAAGUCAGCGAGUGAUUAUGCAUCACCUCUGGUUUUAUUCUGGAAGAGGAAUGGUGAUCCGAGGCUGUGCACAGACUUCCGCUGGCUAAAUAUGCGCACCGUUAAAGAUGCACAUCCUCUUCUGCACCAAGCUGAUGCACUUGCAGCUCUGGCGCAUCGUGCAUUGCUGCCGCAUGCUGGUUUAUAUGCUGCACGAGUCUGUGUUAUCCAGAAUAAACAAGGAUCUGAUGGCAAGAAUUUUCGCAGUCUGUCUUUCGUUUCAACACAACGCAGAAAACACACUGCUACAAUUGCAACUGAGAAAUGUGCAAUGUUUUUUUGUGACAGGUUCUGGCACAAAAGGACAGCUGGUCUAUCUGAACCUGAUAACUGGACACAGGAGGACUCAGAUGGAGAAGACUGUGCUUGUCUGGAAACUGAGAGUGAAUGGUUUGAUGCUUCAUGCUCAAAACUAAAAAAGUUUAUCUGGGAAAAGUAAAACUGAUAGCAUGGUACACGAUACCAUUCAAAAGAUUAGGAUCAAUAAGAUUUCUUUUUAUGGACAUUAAUACUUUUAUUCAGGAAGUGACAGUAAAGGCUUUUACAUUGUUACAAAUGACAAAUAAAUGUUGUUGUUUUGUACUUUCUAUUCAUCAAAGAAUCAUGAAAAAUGUAGCACAGUUUCCACAAAUAUAUGAAGUGGCACAACUGUUUCUCGAGCAGGAUAUUGGAAUGAUUUCUGAAGGAUCAUACGACAUACGAAGAGUGGAGUAGAAAUGCUGAAAAUUCAGCUUCGCAUCACAGAAAUAAAUUAAAUUUUAAAAUAUUUUACAAUAGAAAAGUAAUUUUCUAUUGAAAAUAAUGUUUCACAAUAUCACUGACCUCUUUCAGAAA